ACCUUGCCCUAUAACAAGCCAGCAACCUAAACCACCUUGCCCUAUAACAAGCCAGCAACCUAAACCACCUUGCCCUAUAACAAGCCAGCAACCUAGACCACCUUGCCCUAUAACAUGCCAGCUAAGCACCGGCCUAGUUUCAGCUAACGCCCCUGUAGAAGGUAAUUAACCCAUUUCAAGCCACGUUGCUGUUUUAAAUGUUACAACAGGGCUUCUUCUUCGACCGUGAUGACGUCGCCCUGCCUGGAUUCUCAAAGUAUUUCAAGAACCUCUCACACGAAGAGAGGGAGCACGCAGAGAAGCUAAUGUCCUAUCAGAUCAAGAGAGGGGGACGCAUCGUCCUGCAGGACGUCAAGGUAAAAAUUUUUUUUUUAAAACUCAUUUAAAAACUCCAGUAAAUAAAAUGAUCUUUGGACAUUUGACCAGUCUUCCCGAUUAAGUUUUCGUUACAUUUUAAUAAAAGCUGAAACUUUGAUUUUUUUAAAAAUUCCAAUUGACAAUAUUCUCAGUUCACUAAAAUUAAGCCACGAACACCAAAUUUAAACUAUUAACAUUUCAUUGAAAUAGACUUUUGUACCCCCCAUUAAAACCCUAGGCAUGUGCCCAGUUUAAAAUACAAGGUGAACAACCCACCUCCUCUUUUUCACACACACUUUUACAAAAAUUUUUUUUUUUUUACCAAAUGCAACAUAUCACCUUACGGAAACCAAAUUGAAAAAUGUAUGGACUCAACACCCCUGAUAGAAAAUCGAAAAAACCAGAUGUCUUAAUUUUUAAUUUUUUUUUAUUACUUUCUUAAAACCGAAAUUGAACCCACUACUUGCCGUGCCUUUAAAAUAUUGAUACACGGUCUGAAUAGAAGUGUCUGCGUUGGGUUUUUUGCUUAUGCAUCGGACCUUUCAUGUCAGAUAUUUUUUUUAAAAUGUACAUGACAGCGGCGUAGCUAGGAGAGGGGGAGGGGGGUCCAAAUUCGAACGUCCCCCGAGCCCCUACUUGAGGGGGACCCCCAAAGGAGUGUCCGAAUUAUUUUUUUUUACAUUAAUGUCGAAUGUCAAAAUGCAGGGGCCCCUAAAGAGGCCAAGCCCCGGGGCCCCGAACCCUAGCUACGCCACUGGCACAUGAACUAUUAAUCACCGCUUUCUUAUUCCCACAGAAACCCGAGCGCGACGAGUGGGGCACUGGUCUGGACGCCAUGCAGGUCGCCCUGCAGCUGGAGAAGAGCGUCAACCAGUCCCUGCUGGACCUGCACAAGCUCUGCACCAGCCACGAGGAUGCUCAGGUCAGACUCUUCGAUUACCUCACGCUACGAUACUACUGUCACGUAAUUUUUUUGUGGGGUCUCUCAAUAAUUAAAGGUUUUCUCGUGGUUCGCUUUCAAGGUAUCGAUACCGAUUCUAAUCAAAUUGUAUCCUUUAUGAAAUCGAUCACUGUCAUCUAAUGAUAUAGCUGGAAUCGAUUUUUAAAUUUCAUUUCACGUAUUUGUUGAAAUACGAGUAGUGCAUUGACUAUGGUAUGUGGAUACUGCCAAAAACUGUUCGAAACACGAUUAAUUGAAAUGUAAGUGUCUGACUGAUGACUGAUGUAUGAAUUUGAGUCGGAUGAUUUGCGUGUUGAAUCUGAAUGACAAUAAAAUGCUUCUAGUCGAUAAAUUCAAAGCUGAAGCUUGCACUGUGUCUGUUCGCUCGACUUUCCUUUGUGUCCCAUAAUGUCAGCGUAUUUUGUGUGGAGACUUCGGUAUAAAACCAAAUGCUAACCUGAGUAAGCCAUGAAGUUCAGACCAUUCUAUGCACAAGAUUUGCGCAAUUAGUCUCUAUCACUCCCAUGGUUGUAUUUUUAUGUCCUUAACAGUUAAUUGAGAUAUUUCGAUUUCAUGUAAAUGGAUUUUUUAAAAAAAAAUUGAAAAAUUUUGACCCGAAAAAAAAAUGCACACCAAAAUUUUGAAGAAAGACCACCUUCUAUCAACCCUCUCAGUUAUACAUGUUGGUUAACAACUUAUGGUGUGUUCAAAUGACAAUGAUAAAAUGUCCACACUUUGCAAAUUCUUCGUAUACUAUAUCAUUAGCACCCGCCCGUCUCUUGCAUAUCUCUUAAUUUUUUUAUAUAUUUUUUUUUGUGUUCUGGAUUUCUCUGCUUUUGUAUUGUUGCGGGGGAGGGAAUGCUUUUAGCGGAAACGUCUACUUUAUUGUCUUGUACUGUCAUCCAGCUUCAAUAUAUCUGACUCUCAUCCUAUGGGUCGCGACCCCUUUCGGGGUCGAACUAACUUUACACAAGGGUCACCUAAGAAUAUCGAAAAACACACAUUUAUAUGAAGUAGCAACGAAAAUAAUUUUAUGGUGGGGGGGGGAUCACCACAACAUGGGGAACUGUAUUAAAUGGUCGUGGCAUUAGGAAGGUUGAGAACCACUGCUCUAAACAGCAUUAGCUUUUCACGGAGCUUAAACCUCAGCGUGUCUGAACCAUAUUUUUUUUCCCCCCUCCCUAAUUAAAGAUGGCCGACUUCCUGGAGUGCGAAUACCUGGAGGAGCAGGUCAAGUCCAUCAAGGAGAUCAGUGGACACAUCACCAACCUGAAACGUGUCGGGCCUGGGCUGGGCGAGUACAUGUUCGACAAGGAGACCCUGAGUUAAAAGAUCGCUGGUCAGGCGUCCACACGGAAGAAUUCGGACAGGCGCGUCACGGACUGCCCAUAUUUUGAUUUGAUGCUUCAUGCCGAUAUGUCACGUGGUCUAAAGACAAUUUUUUAAAAUAUAUAUAUAUAUUUAAAAAAAGGAGUCCAAUGAAGUAAAGAAGAGCAACAAAAUAUUAUUAUAUUCUCAAAGACUUAAUUUAAUGGUAAUGUCAUUAUUGUAUAGUAGAAAGUAGUUGGGGGGGGGGGUAUUGAGGUGAAUUUAUUCAACUUUUAAUUGGCCAGUGCAGUAUUAUAACUAUUAUUUUAAGCCAUUAGAGAUCUACAUAUUAUUAUUUCUGUUUUUUUUUAUUUUUAUUGAUGCAUUUAUGAAAGCCAUUCUGUUUAUUCAAGCCACUGUUGAUGUUGUUUUUUCAAGAGGCUGAAGCACAAAGCAAAUAAAUAUAUAAAACUGCAG